GGAGAAGGAAUGGUUUAUUUGGCUUAAAUAGCUCAGUCACAGCUGUGGUGGUUUGAAUAUGCUUGGCCCAGGGAGUGGCUCUAUUAGGAGAUGUGGCCCUCUUGGAGUGGAUGUGACCUUUUGGAGAAAGUAUGUCAUUGUGGCCUGGGCUUUAAGACUCUCAUCCUAGCUGCCUGGAAGCGAGUGUUUUCCUGUCUGCUUUGGAUGAAGAUGUAGAACUCUUAGCUCCUCCAGCCCCAUAUCUGCUUGGACGCUGCCAUGUUCCCACCUUGAUGAUAAUGGACUGAACCUCUGAACCUGUAAGCCAGUUAAAUGUUGUCCUUAUAAGAGUUGCCUUGGAUGUUGUGUCUGGUCACAGCAGUAAAACCAUAACCAAGGCAACAGUCAAUUGAAGGAAGCUGAGGCAGGAACUCAGACAGGAACCUGAAGCCAGCAGCUGAUGCAGAAGCCAUGGAGGGAUGCUCUUACUGGCUUGCUCAGCCUGCAUUCUUAUAGAACAUGGGACCACCAGCUCAGGGAAUGGGCUGGGCCCUUCCCCAUCAAUCACUAAUUAGGAAAACGUCCUACAGUUUGCCUGCUUACAGCCUGAUCACCUGGAGGUACGUUCUCAGUUGAGUUCCCUCUUCUCAGAUGAUUAUAGCUUGUGUCAAAUUGACACAAAACUAGUGAGCACAGUCAGUAAAUCCAUUAAACAUGUAUGUAUUAGUCCUUGUGUACGUGAUCUCUCCCAGCAUCUCAGCACAAGUCCAGCCCAUCCAUCUGUCUCUUUGCAAUGCAUCUGUAUUACGAAUCUUCCAGCACUGAACACACUCUUUUCCACCACUGAUUCAGUUUCUAGGUAGCUCCUCAGCCUAGAACUCUCCAUCUUUCUUCACUGAAUAAUCUACACACCUUCCAACUCUCAACUGAAGUAUUAACAGUCUCAGCAUUAUUAGCUAGUAGCUUGGGGGCUGAGGAGAUGGCUCAGUGGUUAAGAGCAUUGAUUGCUUUUCUGUAGGUUCUGAGUUCAAUUCUUAGCAACCAUAUGAUGCUCACAACCAUCUUUAAUGGGAUCUGAGGCCUCUUUCUGGCAUGCAGGUGUACCUAUGGACACAAACUCAUAUAUACAAGUAAACUCACAUACAUAAGUAAACUCUGAGAUUGUGCCCUUAUCCUUCAUGGUCAUUAACAGAGUUUCAGUUAUCCAUUAUUUGUAUAACUGUUACAUAAAUUUCCUGUCUAUAAACUCCUCAAGAACAGGCCAAUUCCUCCAAACUCCCACACCAGGCACACUUUGGUAGCCACAAUAAAUAGGUGAUAGGUGACAGCUUUAAAAUAGUUUAUAUUAUGGCUACAAUCUCAAUUCAAUUUAACAAGCACUUCCAAGGAAAGAAAUACCCCACACGUGUCCUAAGAAUUGUUCUUACGGAAAACAUAGGCAUAGAAGAAUUACCAGUGUGACCUGCUAGGACUAGUUUAUUUACAUGACUCCAAGUCAGGUUAAUGGGGGAAAAACGGGGUUAAAAUGUGCCAAGAUUUUUGUAUGUGUGAUAGAAUUCACAUUUAAACUUUUUUUUUUCAGAGCUGGGGACCGAACUCAGGGCCUUGAGCUUGCUAGGCAAGCGCUCUACCACUGAGCUAAAUCCCCAACCCCCUAGAAUUCACAUUUAACUAUUAAAACAAAACCAUCUCUUUGUUUCUUUACUUGACUCCCUGUCUCUGGAGCAGAUUACAAUGCUUUUUGCAGCAAAACACCACUGUGUAACCGUAACCCAUCUCAGGGAAAUACCACUUAAGGUCAGCCUCACUCCUCUCAGUUUUUUUACUGUUCAUGUGCCUUUGUUUCUGUUCUAGGUAUCAGCCUGUUUCUCCUCAAAUAUCUCUACCUACUUGAACCACAUUAAAUGAUAUUCUAAAUCUCAGCAUGAUAAUUACAACUUUAAUUGUCAAUUCAAAUGCCACCUAGAAUAACCUGAAAAUGGGCUUUGUUUUUAUUCUAUAUUGGACUGGUCUGUGGGAAUGAAUGUGAGGGAUCACCUUUUAUUAUUAUUAUUAUUAUUAUUAUUAUUAUUAUUAUUAUUAUUUUACCUACUCACUUACCAUCCUACUCACUGCUCUUUUCUCGGUCACCCCUUCCCACAACCCUUUGACCGUCCGUUUGCCUCUGAGUCAGGGUGUUCCCCUGGCUAUUCCCCUCACCCUGAUACUUCAAGUCUCUCUGAAGCUAAUUGCAUCCUCUCCAACUGAGGCCAGGCAAGGCAGCUCAGCUAAAAGAGCAUAUCCCACAUAAAGCCAACAGCUUUUAGGAUAGUCCCCACUCCAGUUGUCCAGGACCCACAUGAAGACCAAGCUGCACAUCUGCUACACAUGAGCAGGAAGGCCCGGGUCCAGUCCGUGUACGUUCUUUGGUUGGUGGUUCACACUCUUGAGAGCUCCAAGAGUCCAGGUUAGUUGACUCUGUUGGCUUCCUGUGGAGUUCCUAUCCCCUUCAUGGCCUCGAUUCUUCCUCCUAUUCUUCCGUCAGAGUCGCCAAACUCAGUCCACUGUUGUUUGGCUCUUGAUAUCUGUGUCUGAGUCAGCUGUUGGGUGGAGCCUCUCAGUGGACAACCGUGCUAGGCUCCUGUCUGUAAUCAUAGCAGAGUAUCAUUAAUAGUGUCAGGGAUUGGUGCUUGACAGCAUGGGAUGGGUGCUUGACAGCAUGGGAUGGGUGCUUGACAGCAUGGGAUGGGUGUCGAGUUGGGCCAGUUAGUGGUUGUCCUUUCCCGCAGCCUCUGCUCCAUCCCCCAUCCCUGCAUUUCCUGUAGACAGGAUAAAUUUGGGGUCGAAAGUUUUGUAGGUGGGUUGGUGUCCCUAUGGCUCCAUUGGGGUUCAUGUUGAAUUGUAAACUGUGUGAUGAAAUAAGCCCUUUUUCCUCCUCAAGAUGCUCAUGAUCAUGGUUCAGAUCCUAACAAGGUGUUCUCAGGGAGCUUAGAAGAGUGUUGAGAGCAAUGUUGAUGAUGGAGGCCUGGAUUGCGACAUUUCAAAAGGAAGCAGAGGCUCUCCCAGGGUCAUUUAUGUGGUGUUUUGGGUUAAGAAUUUGUAGAAGUGAUGGGCCUGGAGAGAUGGCUUAGUGAAGGGUCAUUAGUACUAGGUGAAUGUGAGAAGGAUGUAGACCACCUGACAAAUGCAAUGCUGUGUGCGGACAGCCUUAGCAGCUGCUCCAGGUGUUCUAGCAGACUUUUCUGCCACCAGAACUCAGAGAUCCACUUGCCUCUUCAUCCCAAGUGCCAGGAUCAAAUGUGUGCACCACCACCCAUCUUACGGUGAGGUCUUAAUAGAAGAGCUUUCGCUUGAAUAAAAGUUUAUACCCUUAUAAUAAGAAGGGAAACGAAAGAUUGGGUAGCAUAACAGAUUCACAGCUAAGGGGGGAUUCUGCUAAACCUGAAGAAGUGCCUCACUGCUCUAUACUAAAUUAUGUAAAUUAUAUUGAAGAAUCAAAAUUCUGCCCCAAGAUUCUUCUGAGACUUGGUGAUUUAUUAACAGAGAUCAAUUACAUAUAUUAUUUUAAAAAGGUAAAAGUUCUAUUUCAACUCUCUGAAAUAAAGUACAAAUAACCUGCAGAUUUCUUCCUAUAAGUGCAUUGUAAUUAAAGACUCUACAUUUGAAUAGAAAAUGCAAAGAGAGGUGGAAUGUUCUUUCAGUUAUUGAAUCCCAUGACAUAAAUCCUAUAUUUUGCUUAUUUUUAUAUCAAUUGUCCUACAAAAAAUUAACAAUUUCAAAUGAAAUGAAGAAAUCAAUGAAAAUUCAUCUUUGAUUUUACUUUAAAAAUAACAGAGCCAAAAAUGUCUUUUAUAUUUCUAAAUCAAUCAGUUGUGAUAUUCUAUCCUUUCUGUUUACUUCCAAAACAUUUGAGACUGACAUGUCAGGUACCUGGGUGUGUCAGCUGGAAAGAAGAAGGUUGCCAGAGAUAAAUUCACUGUCUCACCCCCAGAAUCUGUGAACCUGACUUUAUGUGGUAAGACAAGUGACCAGGUUAAAGAUCUUAUAAGGAGAAACAUCCUGGAUUACACAGGUGAUCUCUAGUAGAAUCUUCUUUAUCCUUAUAAAAUAUGGGUAUUUUCACAAAACAGACACACACACACACACACACACACACACACACACCACUAACACCCACACACAUCAUAUACUCACAUGUGUACACACACAGAUAUACACACAGACACAUAUACGCACACGUACUUAAAUAUACAUAUUCUCACACACACCCACACUACUGACACAUAGACAUAUACACUCACACACACACUCUCACACAGACAUAUACACUCACUUGUAAACACUAACACACGCAUACUCUCACAUGCAGACAUUCACAUGCGGACAUACACACACAGGCAUAUACAUUCACACAUAGACACUAACACACACACACACACACACACACACACACACGCACGUGCACACAGAAAGGAUGAGUGAUAUAGAGAUCAGAGCACAAAGUAGAGAGAAUCAGCUACAAAACAUGAAAUGCCUGCGGCCUAGAAGAGGAAGAAGCAUUCCUCCCUGGAGCUCUAGAAAGACCUCUGCCAACACUUUGAUCACAUGUGUCCUCCAGACCUGUGAGAGAAUACAUUUCUGGGUUUUGGUAGCACCCAGCUUUGAGGCGCACUGUUACAUCAGUCACAGGAAACAGGAGAGGAAACAUUUAGUUUGCUGAAACAGAGAAUAGGAAUGCUUCCUGUCUUAGUCAGGGUUUCUAUUCCUGCACAAACAUCAUGACCAAGAAGCAAGAUUGGAGAAAAGGGUUUAUUCAGCCUACACUUCUACAUUGCUGUUCAUCACCAAAGGAACUCAGGACGGGAGCUCAAGCAGGGUAAGAAGCAGGAGCUGAUGCAGAGGCCAUGGAGGGAUGUUACUUACUGGCUUGCUUCCCCUGGCUUGCUCAGCUUGCUCUCUUAUGGAACUGAAGACUACCAGCCCAGGGACGGCACCACCCAUAAUGGGCUGAGUCCUCCCACCUUGAUCAGUAGUUGAGAAAAUGCCUUACAGCUGGGUCUCAUGGAAGCAUUUUCUCAACUGAGGCUCCUUUCUCUGUGAUAACUCCAGUUUCUGUCAAGUUGACACACAAAACCAGCCAGUACAUUUACCUUGGACAAACCCUUGCUCUGAAGGCUAUGAGAUGCUGGAAAGAUGGCUCAGUGGUUAAGUGCAUUUGUUGCACAGGACCUGGAUCAAUUACCAGCAUUCACAAAGUGAUUAAAAACCAUCUGUAACUCCAAUUCCAGAAGACCCAACAUCCUUUUCUGAAGUUCUGUAGGUGUCAGGCAUGUGUGUGGUACACACUUUUACUACAUGUAGGCAAAUUCAUGUACAUAAAAUAAAAUAAAUCUUUUUUUUUAAUUUAAAGAAAGUUUCCAGGGAUCCAAAGACAACAGCAAAAGAUAGCAAAGUCAACCACCAAAUGGAAAGUCAGCCAUCAUGAAGACAAUACAAAAGGCCUAAUUGCUAGACUCAGUCAACGGUUCAGUCACAAAAGGGGAACUAAUUCUGGUUGAAAUGUAUGAUGUCAGACACUGUGCAAAGGACAGUCAUUCAUAUCUCACUUAGCCCUGCACUUCCCGUCUAAGGAUUACUUUAUUCAGUAGAUAAGAAAAUUGGGGCUGCAAAAACCAUCUGAAGUCCCCUGCAUCUACUGUUUCAUGGCUCCUGGAAAUGCUAGUGUGAGAGCAUUGCUACCCUAAAGCACCAGUACAAUGACUCAAUUCCUCUGCUCUGAGGCCCUCCUUCCUCCCGUCUUUUCAGGAAUGAAUAUUUUGUUUUUGUCUACCUCACAAAGUUAAGCUUAGUCUACUGAGGAAGUUCUUAGCAAUGGAGACUAUCGGGCAGAUGGAGGGAGCCAUGGAACAGACCAAGUAGAAAAGAGAGAAAGUAACAUAUUAUUAUACCACCGAAAAAUAAUCAUUAGCACUCAUUAAGGAAUAAGUUCUCUCUCUCUCUCUCUCUCUCUCUCUCUCUCUCUCUCUCUCUCUCUCUCUCACACACACACACACACACAAGAUUGUGACAAGUAGCAAAUGGUAAAGAAAUAGAAAAGAUAUAGAAGAAAAUUCACUAAAGGAAGAAUAAAAAUAAAUAUUUAAACUUAUAAAACAGAUCAACCCCAGCGUUAAUAACUUUUUAAAUAAAUUUUCUUACGUUCCUUUUUUCAAAACAGAGAAAAGGACUCAAGGUGGGGGGGGUGGGAAAUCUGCUCUUAAAGAAACACACACACAUUUCUCCAUCCUUUAAUUUUUUUUGCAAUUCCGUUUCCUCUGCCUGCCUAUAUAAUUCCCUAGCAGAGCUUUGCAGCUGGUCCUACUGGGGCUUAAGCAGCCUCCUCUCUGUGUUUCCAUUUAAAAAUCUUUAUUUCAAUAGGUAGGCCUGGAGCAUCUGCACUUCCAAAAUUACCGCACAACUGAUCCAAAAUGAUUGAAACAAAAUUGGUUUCAAAAAUUGCCCCUAGGCUGAAAAGAAGAUGAAGGCUAACAUUUCAGACCUAAAGAAACAUUUAUCACCAUUCUGAGGUCUGUAAUCGACUUCUGUAAAUGCAAUAGAAAAUGUUGACAGCUUGUUAAUUAUAGAAGUGUUUGUGAGCAUCACUGUUAUUCUUUUGAAAGACCUGACAAAAGAGUUCAGAGGGUUUUUUUUUUUUUCACUUAAACCCAGCCUUACAACACCUCAAGUCCAAUCUCUUGUCCCCCGAGGCUGUAUUCAGUUCGCCUUUCCAGUGGACAGUAUGCUGACUCAGGAAAAACUCUUCAAUAGAGCCAGCCCCAGACUCCAGCAGUUUCCGGUCUCCGAAGAAGACAAUGGAGUCCCAAAGCCACAUUUAGAUUCAGGGUCUCUUUGGGGAGUGGCGAGGGUUAUAUCCAAGACAGUUUAAAUCUACCUCCCUUCCUUGAAUUAGAGUGCUUCAGGUGCUGAAGUCACAGUGCUGACCUGUGUAUAUGGAGGGUCAGUUACCUGUGUGUGUGUGGUUCAGACCUUCUGCCCUGGCCUCUGCUACAAUUAAACCAUCUCCCUUGAGCAGAAAGAGCAGGACGUGCAAUGGUUAGAAAUCUGAGGGUGUUGUAUUCCUCUGUCUGCCACUAAUUAGAUGUGCAAUGUGGGUAAUCUUUGGUUUUUGUAAAAUGGAGAGAGACCUACCUCUUUCUGUCCUAAAUUACUCAAAGACCAUAGAUACCAUAAUGUCAGAAAGAAAAACUUAUUCUGAUCACAGUGGGGUUUUUGGGGGGCAUAUAAACAUGACUACAGACAACAACUACAGUAAAUUUUAAGAAAAAAGUGGGUCCUACAAACUGAUUUUAUUAAUGUGGCCUACAAAAAAGGUACAAUAGGAAGUUUACUGAUUCCAAGGCUGGAGAGAGGGCUCAGGGGUUAAGAACACUUGUUGCUCUUGCAGAGGACCGGGGUUCAGCUUCCAGCACCUCCAUGGUGACUCAUAACCAUCUAUAACUCCAGUUCCAGGGGAUCCAACAUCCUCUUCUAACCUCUUCAGACCUCAGACACAGAUUUGGUUCACAAACAUACACAUAGGCAAAACAUUCAUACACAUAAAUACAAUAGAUAAAUUCAAGGCAGGGCUUGGACUGAUUCCUCUGCAAGCAAUCCACCCACAGAGUAAGCAGAACCUUAGCAAGGCUUCAUACAUUGUUCACUUUCAAAACCCUUGAUGCUGGAGUUCUUAGAAGCGAUGUUAUUGUUGUUCGUUGUCAGGGGAUCUUCUGUUCCAGUGUUAGCUGUGGCUCUGGCUCGGUCACUAAAUUCUGGCUCUCCAGAUGUCUUUGGAUAUUGUCAACGUGUCCUGGAAGUGGUGGGAGGAAAAAGUAAGACUUCUUUCAGGAGAAUGUGGCUACUUAGGAGGUCGGUAAAACGCUGAGCAGUCUCCCGGCAAACCGCGGGCGCUGUCGAUUCUAGGGAGGUGCUGAAAUGGCUGGGGCGCGCUAGUCGCAGCAUUGAUUGGCAGAGCUGCCUAGUGACUGACAGGGGGUCUCCAUGGCGCCCGUGUCUCCAAUCCGCCCACCCCAGUAGCGGCGCGAUCUAGCUGGCUGGCGUGUCCUAGCUGAGCAAGCGCAGCCGAACCCAACCCACAUCUCUUCCAGGCGGGAAGGCUCCCCCCCGACUUUGUAACCCCCAGCCGCACCCCGCUCGGCCGGCGGGCAUCUGCUGCCUGUCCCGCCCGGGGCGCCCGCGCAGCCUCGAUGUUCCAGCUGCCCAUUUUGAAUUUCAGCCCCCAGCAAGUAGCCGGGGUAUGCGAGACCCUGGAGGAAAGCGGCGACGUGGAGCGCCUCGGUCGCUUCCUGUGGUCGCUGCCCGUGGCCCCGGCAGCCUGUGAGGCCCUCAACAAAAAUGAGUCGGUGCUGCGCGCGAGAGCCAUCGUGGCCUUCCACGGUGGCAACUACCGCGAGCUCUACCACAUUCUGGAAAAUCAUAAGUUUACUAAGGAAUCGCACGCCAAGCUGCAGGCACUGUGGCUCGAAGCUCAUUACCAGGAGGCAGAGAAGCUGCGUGGACGACCCCUGGGGCCAGUAGACAAGUACCGGGUAAGGAAGAAGUUCCCGCUGCCGCGGACCAUUUGGGAUGGCGAACAGAAGACUCACUGCUUCAAGGAGCGCACACGGCACCUGCUUCGAGAGUGGUACCUUCAGGACCCAUAUCCCAACCCCAGCAAAAAGCGAGAGCUCGCCCAAGCAACCGGACUGACCCCCACGCAGGUGGGCAACUGGUUCAAAAACCGCAGACAAAGAGACCGGGCAGCUGCAGCCAAGAACAGACUCCAGCAACAGGUUCUGUCGCAGGGCCCCGGGCGGGUGCUACGCUCGGAGGGUGAGGGCACGCCAGAGGUGCUGGGCGUCGCCUCCAGUCCUGCUGCCAGUCUGUCCAGCAAGGCGGCCACUUCGGCCAUCUCCAUCACAUCCAGCGACAGCGAGUGCGACAUCUGACCUGUUCACUCAUCACACUUAGAAACAGAAUCCAGUGUAAAAAUCAGAUGCACAAAAUAAGAGAGGACCGGACCAGCAAAUACGACGCUGGCCCCGUGGCCAGGGACCGGCGGGCCUAAACUGCUCUUGUAGGGAGUUUCUAUCGCAACUCUGGGGCGUGCGGUGAGGCCUGACCCAAUGCCAUUUCUCUUCACGUUGCUUUUCCUGGAGGAUCUGGCUGCAAAGACUCAUUUGGAACAGAACUGCACGCUGAGCGCCUGCCCUUGAGUCUCCUGUGGGUAUUUCAUUUGUCGAAAGGACGGUGUUAUAUAUAUAUAUGUAUGUAUAACUUUUCCUUUGAAGGUUUCUUUUUAAAAAAAACAAAACAAAACAUAUAUAUGCUGUUUAUUUACUUAUUUAAAAGACUUCCAUGAUAGGUUUCUCUGUAGCUUGGGGAACUUGCUGUUCUAAAUGAGCGAGCUCAUGCAUUCUGUGUGAAGAAGCCAAAUAAUAAAACACCUUGGUGAGUAACCUUUCUUAA